CCGGUGUCGUCAUCAGAGUGCGGCGGAAAUUCAAGGCAAGCUGAAGGAAAGUCGGGAUCGACUGAGCUCGAAGUGGUCGAGAUGCCUGUGACAGUGGGGCCAUAUGGCCAGUCCCAACCCAGUUGCUUUGACAGAGUGAAAAUGGGUUUCAUGAUGGGCUUUGCUGUUGGUAUGGCAGCAGGUGCACUGUUUGGUACAUUUUCUUGCCUCAGGAUUGGCAUGAGAGGACGAGAACUGAUGGGUGGCGUUGGCAAAACUAUGAUGCAGAGUGGUGGAACAUUUGGGACAUUUAUGGCAAUUGGCAUGGGGAUCCGGUGUUAACUUGGAAUGUUAUUUUUUUUACCAUGAAGACUAAUGCCCCUGCUGGUCAAGAUCCUGCUAUGUAAUAUAAUAAAUAUCUUUGCACCGGGA